AUGGUCAUUAAUGAAGCCUUUCAAGUUGUUGCAAUGAUUGAGAAGCUGUCUUCUAGUUGGGGAGACUUUAGAAAUUAUCUCAAGGACAAGAGAAAGGAUAUGGACAUGGAGGCUCUUAUUGGAAAGCUUCAAAUUGAAGAUGACAAUAAGAGGUCUGAUAGAAGAUUCAUGAAGGCCGAAAUGAAGGCAAAUGUUAUGGAGCAUGGAAGUAGCUCCAAGAACAAGAAGAAACCUGGAAAGAAUUCCAAGAUGGGUCACAGAGCGGUGGAUUGUAGACUUCCGAAGAGAAAGAGGAACAUAGAGACAAUGAUGAUGGAGUAUAUCACAAGAGAGGUUGAUGAGAUUGACCUAAGCACUGUUGUCUCUGAGGUGAACCUAGUGGGUUCUAACCCAAGAGAGUGGUGGAUAGAUACAGGUGCAACCUGCCACGUGUGUGCAAAUGGAAGCAUGUUCACCUCCUUCGAACCAAAGGCAAAUGGGGUGAAGUUGUUCAUGGGUAACUCUGCCUAUUCAGAAAUCCAAUGGGAGGGCAAGAUUGUCUUGAAGAUGACCUCUGGGAAGGAUCUAACUCUUAAUAAUAUGUUUAACAAGUCUCUCCUGGCGAAAUUUGCUUGGGCAUUGGGUGUGGACCCCGACUUCAGAUUCUGA